GAUAUUCAGGCUUCCUGAGUCCCACAGAGAGAAUUCACAAAACAACACUGGUUUGAGAAGACGUUAAGAAAAUAACGUCGGUUUCCAAGCAAUUCGUAGAAUAGCACUGGUUGUUCUUUUUUCAAAAACUUCAACCAUUAGUAUAAAAACUACCCCCGUCUCAUAAUAUAGUUUUAAAGUUUAAUUGUUAAAUCUAAACUUCCUUUUUAUAGAACAUCUAGGUUUAUUGAUAUGUUUAACACUAUUCUUAGUAAUAUAAAAAUAGUGCUCAUAUAUUUGCAUGCAUUUACGUCGUCGUGGCUACUCUGCGGCAACAAAAGUUUGCUGCAUUUGCUUGACAAAUUAUUGCGCCAACAUGGAACUGGAAGAACCUUCACCUCUCCAGGUCGCCAAUGGCAUCGCGUGUCCGUCCAUAAUGGCAUAAACCGUGUCCUUUUGGCUUGUGGACUCGAUUCCGUCACCGUCUCGCCAUAAAUAAAUAAAUAAAAACUACCCCGCCCAUGCCCCGAACGAACCAGUUAACCUCUCUCUAGUAGUAGUGAUUUUGGGAAGGGAAAAAAAACUGUCGCCUGGCCUGGCAUCAACACCAUAACGCCAAUCGUAGCAUCCAAUUCCAAUCCAAGGAAACCGAAGUCUUUUUGGGAGAAACCGCAGCGGAGCUAGCAGCUAUCAAUCAAUCUCGACGUCCAGGUCCAGGUCAGAGCUCGAGGCACAGGACCCUUUAUUUAUCCAUCCAUGGCUGCCCCCCAAUAGCAGCAGCGCUGGCAACAACGGCAGCCACCAACCCGGUGGACGAAGCCAUGGGCGCCUUCUUCUCGAAGCAGGUGGACCGGCGGAAGCUGGUGGCCGCCGAGAAGCGGGCGCUGGCGACGCGGCUGUCGUCGUCGGGCGACACGUUCCCGGGGUCUGAGCACCGGCCGGCGGACCGGAAGCGGUGGAUGGCGGAGCUGGGCGCCGGCAGGCUGCGCGUGCACCAGGUGGUGUGGCCCGGCACGCACGACUCGGCCACCGACCGGAUCGGCGUGCCGUUCGUGACCCGCCCCUUCGCGCAGUGCCAGUCGCUGUCCGUGUACGAGCAGCUGGCGCUGGGCGCGCGCGUCCUCGACGUGCGCGUCCAGAAGGGGCGCCGCGUAUGCCACGGCGUCCUGGCCACGUACCCCGUCGACGUGGUGCUGGACGACGUGACCAGGUUCCUGGGCGAGACCGAGUCCGAGGUGGUCGUCCUGGAGGUGCGCACCGAGUUCGGGCACGAGGACCCGCCCGAGUUCGGCAGGUUCCUGGUGGAGAGGCUCGGCGAGCACCUGCUGAUCCCGCAGGACGAGGCGGUGUUCCACAAGACCGUCGCGGAGCUGCUCCCGCGCCGGGUCAUCUGCGUGUGGAAGCCGCGCAGGUCGCCGGCGCCCGGGCCCGGGGAGCCCCUGUGGAGCGCCGGGUACCUCAGGGACAACUGGAUCGACACGGACCUGCCGGAGACCAAGUUCGAGAGCAACCUCAAGUUCCUGGGGCAGCAGCCGCCGGUGGCGGGCCGCGGGUUCUUGUACCGGGUGGAGAACACGGUGACGCCCAGGCCCGACAACCCGGUGGUGUGCGUGUGGCCCGUGACGAGGCGGAUCCACGGCUACGCGCGGAUGUUCAUCGCCGAGGUCUUCGCCAAGGGCCUCGGCGACAAGCUCCAGGUCUUCUCCACCGACUUCAUCGACGGCGACUUCGUCGACGCCUGCGCCGGCGUCACCAAGGCGCGCGUCGACGGCACCGCGUGACCGCGAUCGACGGACCAGGGGUACCCGUACGUGUUCCCGAUUUGAUUAGGAGAUGCCCGGGGCUUGUAGAAACUAGAGGAGUCGCCGCGAUUACAGGCAGGGGUCCGUCUAGGCACAGUCAGGAGUACUAUGUAGUGUCGCAUGUAGUUAUCGAGAAGUAUGGCCAAUGCAGCGUAUAAUAGGCUCUAAAUUUUACACUAUAAAAUUUAAACAUUGAAUUAGAAUUAGACUCUAUUUUAUUUAUUUUUAAACUAAAAAUUAUUUAGUAUUCUAUUAUUUUAUAAAAAAACAUUUAAAUUGUCAUCCAAUACUACCCUCAAGUGUACACUCUAGACGUGCAGUAUAUUUUUUACAUACAAGAUCCUGUGACUGUGAUUGGUAUUAUGGUAUAUGCCAUACACGUAUUCAUUCACGCGUAAUGUGUGCGUCCGUGUGUAGUGAUGAAUUGUUCGUGGGAGCAAAGGAAUAAAGAAUUUUCACAGGUUGUCAUAUACAA